CUGGCACUUGACAUCAGAGAGAACGAGCCUCCAGUAGCACCACCUCAACGUGACGCCAACCUACUAUCUACGUGAUCGUAUCGUACCGCAAUACUGGAAAGGGGAUUUAGGCACUCAAUCAGCACUUGAAACCAGAAAAGUGCAACACCUUAUCAACUCUCCUACAAGACCAGACUUAAAGGGCGAUAUUGUCAAUAGCACAUCGAUUCGAUUAGAUUCCAUUGACCUAGAAAACUCCUUUCAUCAUGUCUCAAGAGCCUUCCGGAGAGAGUUCAAAGUCCACAACUCCCCCCUCAUCGCCAUCUUCACCCAUCGAACCAGAAGCGUCUGAUUCUGAGGUGUUGAAAGAAGUAACCAUCAAGAGACUUUUGAUCCAAGAACUUCUACAAAAUGGCAAUACUGGAAAGGAAGGUGAUUUGUGGUACUUGAUAUCCGCCGACUAUCUUGACAGAUUCUUGAAUUUGGAGGUGACUUCCUUUGAAGAUUUGAAAACCCAACUAGGGCCAUUUGAUUGCUCUUCAAUCGUGGACGUUCAUGGCAAUUUAUAUCCCGAAAAUGACGAGCCAAUAGGAACUUACAAUGUGUCGCCAGAAAUUUUCGAAAGCCUCAGCUCUUGGUUGGGUGUCAAAGGAAAUCCAGUGACAAGAUGCUUGAUUAUCAACGAUGCAACAGCCACCAAAGAAGUAGAGAGAUAUCCUCCCGUGUUUUACAUUCAUCAAUUGGUAAAAAAACCAAAUUCAGCAUCUUCUUCAUAUGGUAGUGGUCGUUAUUCUACGCCUCCGACUCCUAUUUCUGUUUCUCGCACCCGUACUUUCCAAGAUUUGUUCGAUUUAAUCAGAGUUAAUGUUUUAAAGGCAGCUAAGAAUCCGAGUAUUGAAUUUAGAGUCUGGUUUAUCGACUCCAAGAAUAUUUUGGAUUACCAACAGAACAUCUCCCUUGUCAAUUUUAUCUAUGAUAUACCUAAUAAGCGUUUGGUUCUUCCAAAUUUGUUGAAUCAGACUUUGAAAAGUCAAGGAAUCGAAUCCUCUAACUUUCAUCUAUUGGUGGAAAGUAGCGAGAGGAAAAAUACAUCUACACCAAGAUCAUUUCCUGUGGAUAGUUUUCUUUCACUCGUUGACCUAACUCAAUAUGAUUUAGAAGACAUACUUUCUAAGGGUGGAAAUUUGGGCCUAAACAAUUUAGGUAACACAUGUUAUAUGAACUCAGCAUUACAAUGUUUGGUACACAUUCCAGAAAUCAACUAUUACUUCUUCUACAAUAUGUACAAGAAGGAGCUUAAUUUCGAUAAUCCGUUGGGAAAUAAAGGAGAUGUUGCCAAUUCGUUCGGAUCGCUCUUGAAAUUGAUCUUCGAGUCUCCUAGCAAGUCAGCACCUGUGCGUGACAGAAAUUCAUCUGCAUCGUCUUCCAUAGCUCCACGGGAGUUUAAAUCUACCAUCGGCAGGUAUUCUUCAAUGUUCUCAGGAUACUUGCAACAAGAUUCACAAGAGUUUUUAAGCUGGUUAUUAGAUGCUCUUCACGAAGACUUGAAUCGGAUACAUAAAAAACCAUAUUGUGAGAAACCUGAGCUCAAGGAUGAAGAAAUGAAUGAUCCAAAUGCAUUGGUCAGAUUGGCAGAAACAUGCUGGAACCAACAUAAGUUAAGAAAUGAUUCUGUGAUUGUUGAUUUAUUCACAGGUAUGUAUGAAAGCACAUUGAUUUGCCCCAUAUGCUCAAAAACCAGUAUUACAUUUGAUCCUUUUAAUGAUUUGACAUUGCCUUUACCAGUUAGCAAAAUGUGGUAUCAUACGUUCACAAUAAUAGACUUAUCGGAUGAUGCGAGUGGAGCUUUGACGAAGAGUGCUUUUAACGGGCAAAAAAUUAUGAAGUUGGAGGUCGAACUCAAUAAAAGAUCAAACUUUGACGAUUUGUUGAAAUAUUUCUCAAAGUUCUUAGGGGUUGACUCAACAAAUUUCUUUCUUUACGAAGUCCAUCAAAACACGUUUUAUACCGAUUUUCAAUUGGAUUACACGAAAAAUAAGUUUAUGCCAAUUGGUGAUAUAAUUAGGGAUUCCGAUGACAUUUUGGUUUAUUAUAUACCUCAUGACCCAGUUAAUGAUAUUAUAAUCCCAGUAUUGAACUCAGUUGAAGAUCCAGACAAGUCAUACAAGAUCACUGAGUUGUUUGGCAUUCCUUUGUUCAUCAAGGUUAACAAGGACAAUGAAGUUUCAAGUUUUGGUACCAUAAGAAGAAAAUUGGAAGAAAAGCUAACAAUAUUGACAAAACAUAAUCUUAAGGCUGAGUAUGACAAAGUAAAAUCAGAAAUACCAAGCUAUGAGGAGAAGAAAUUCUACUCACCUGAUGAUUUUCCUUCAAUUGUUUCGAUCGCCAACCCUUCGAUUGGAAACAAUGAAGACAAAGAUAACGAGGAUGAGGGUUACAAUUCUGAUGUCUCUUUGGCAAGUCCAUUCGUUAGUGCAAAUCUUGGCUUUACUAUCAAAUCCAAAACUUAUGACCAAACAGGCAAACCGAACGAUGGGUACAGAAGAAGGUUCAACUUUGGAUAUGGUAGAAAUUCUAAGGUCGACAGAACAAUUAAUGUUCCACUUUAUAAGCCUAAUUUGGGUGAGUUUAAACCAAUGGUUGACGAACUCCCCGAACUCAAGAGAAAGUAUUACUAUUACAGUGAUUGUGAGAAGAACUUAGAUCAAGAAAUGGAGGAUUUGGCAGUUGAGGUUAAUAAGAAUCUCGCUGAAGCUUCCGUGAAUGGCGAAGUUAAAGAAGAUGCAAUAGAAUCUGAGUCCAAUACCAACGAAUCAGAUAAAACAACAGAUGGAUUCGUAAUAGUUGAUAGGUCAACGGGGAACUAUGGUAUCUCGGGGUCUUCCGAGGGUGAUUGUGGACCAGCUGGUUCACAAAUCAGUCUGUCUGACGAGGACACAGAGAGUGAGCCUCAUCUCGGUUUGUUGUAUGAAGAUGAAUCAAACCCAGGAUUGUCCUUACCUCCACCACCACCACCUACGUAUUCUGAUUCAAUUAAACCUUCAAAUGCUAACUCACCAAUCGAUUCACCAUCUAGUGAGAAUUCAAACUUGCCAUUGCCUGAUAACCAUCCUACAUUGGUGACCAAAAAUACGAUUUUACUUUGUAAUUGGGACUAUGCUGUUUACCAACAAUUUUUUGAGGAUGAAGCAGCUCAAGGAUGGUCUGAACCUCCGACUAUUCCAAACCCCGAGUUGGAACAAAAUAAAGCUAAAUUUGAGAAGCAAAGAAACUCCAAAGUUAGUUUGUAUGACUGCUUGAAAGCUUUCAGUACUCCUGAAGUCUUGGGCGAACAAGAUUUGUGGUAUUGUCCGAGAUGCAAGGAUCAUCGACAGGCUACAAAGAGCAUUCAACUUUGGUCUACUGGAGAUAUCUUGACUAUUCACUUGAAAAGAUUCCAUAGUGCACGAGCUUUUAGUGAUAAGAUUGAUAUCGUGGUAGACUUUCCUAUCGAAGGAUUGGACAUGGGACCUUAUAUUGCAAACCCAAACUCAGAUAAUGAGAUAUAUGACUUAAUCGCUGUGGACAAUCAUUACGGUGGAUUGGGAGGUGGCCAUUAUACUGCAUGUGCUAAGAAUUUUAAGGAUAAUAAAUGGUACUAUUUCAAUGACAGUCGUGUUACACCAAUGGAUGAUGCCAAAGAAGCAAUUACGGGUGCUGCAUAUUUGUUGUUCUACAGGAAAAGAAACACAAACGAGACAGAAACAUUAGGAGGAAAGAACUUAAACAGUAUUCUCAAUACUGGUCGUGAAUUAUAUAAAAAGUCAUUGAGCAAUAGGAAGAACUUACUCGAGCAAGUUUAUUCUCAAGUCCAAGGUUACGAGAAAUAUGGUUCAGUCAUCGAUGAAGAAGCUGAGCCCUCUAGCAGUGAAAGCGAACUACACGACCAACAAGAACAGGAGGGUGUUCAGGCUGAAACCGUGGAAGCUUCGGGAGAAGAUAAGGUUGAGAGUAAGAAAUCUCGCCCGUUUGAUAACAUUGAUGGAGAAGAACUGAAGGCCCAAUUUAAUUUUGAUGCAAGUGACGAUCUCGAUUAUGCCCAAGAGGACUUGGAUAACAUCCGUAAACAAAGACUAAUUUCCAAGGAAAACAACAAUAGCAAAUUGAUCCAGAUCAAAGGCAAUGGCAGACAAGAGGUUUCGUCUUCCCCUGCUCCCGUCGACACAUCUAGUGUAACAGAUGAACUAGAGGAUAAAGAAUGAAGCAUUGCCAGAGCACAGUCAGACGAGCGAACGCUGUGAAACUCGGAUGAAUGAGUGGCCAUUAUCGUGGCCAGAAUCCGCUUUAUGUAUACUACAAUCUACAUACCUACCUUCUAUGGUAAUCAAUACGAA